AUGUCAGGUCUCGAUACUGACGGUCUCUCCGUCACUUAUUCCUCUGAUCGAACCGGAUCCCCGGAUCUGCGGCUAAUCCACUACAAUGAUGUUUAUCAUGUCGAGUAUGCGUCUCCCUCCCUCCCCGCUCUCUGGCAUUCUUCUAAGUAUUUCUACGUAGAGCCGGAUCUGCAGAGCCCAUUGGCGUUUGCCGGGCAACCCGAGAUCUUGACCUUCUUCUCCGGCGAUGCUUUCAACCCGAGUAUCGAGAGCACAAUCACAAAAGGCAGGCAUAUGGUUCCAUUCUUGAACACAGUGGGAACCGAUGUGGCGUGUGUGGGUAACCACGACCUUGAUUUUGGCGUCCCCCAAUUUCGCCAUUUAGCAAGUCAGUGUCAUUUUCCUUGGCUCUUGGCAAAUGUCAUUGAUCCGGCAUUAGGAGAUGAUAUCCCAAUCGCUGACUCUGGAAAGACCUGCAUGUUGACUUCAUCAAAUGGGUUCAAGAUCGGCGUGUUGGGUCUUGGAGAAAGAGAAUGGUAUGCAUUCUUCAACAUUCACAUGUCAUAUUUUUUUCUUAUUUUUGUUGACUUGGAUUUCAGGCUCGGUACGAUCAAUGCACUUCCACCCGAUCUGAUCUACAAAUCAGCAUCUCAGACAGCUCUGAAGCUUGCAAAACAACUCCGAGAAGAGGGAGCCGAUCUCGUCGUCGCUGUCACUCAUCAGCGCGAGCCGAAUGAUUACAAGCUGGCUAACAAUCUUUCACCCGAUCUUGUUGACAUCAUUCUCGGAGGCCACGAUCACUUCUACGCCCAUUCCGUCGUCAAUGGAAUCCAUGUGAUCCGGUCAGGGACUGACUUUAAACAGUUGAGCUACAUCGAAGCAUUCCGCAAACCCGACGGUCUAUCUGGUUGGGAUUUUAAUAUCACGCGGCGAGAUGUGGUUCGCUCUAUUCCUGAGGACCCUGACACGGUGGCAAUGGUAUCCCGGCUCACUUCCAGUCUAAAAGCUAAACUAGACAAGCCGAUCGGGUUUACAGUCAGCCCGCUCGAUGGUCGGUUUUCUACUGUGCGGCAGCGUGAAUCCAAUCUCGGCAACUUUGUCUGCGACUUGAUGCGCUUCUACUAUGCAGCCGACUGUGCCAUGAUGGCGGGCGGAACUAUUCGCGGCGAUCAAAUUUACCCACCGGGAAUUUUAAAGCUAAAGGACCUACUCAAUUGCUUUCCGUUUGAGGACCCUGUGGUUCUGUUGCGUCUUAGUGGUCAUGCAUUAUUGGCCGCGUUAGAGAAUGGGGUGAGCCAGCUUCCCGCACUUGAGGGCCGGUUCUCACAGGUCUCGAACAUCAGCUACGGGUUCAAAUUGAAUGCACCUUCAGGAUCUCGAAUUACAUUCGCUCGGGUCGGCGGAGAGCCCAUUGAUCUGCAGCGUAAUUACGUUCUCGCCACACGUGGAUACAUGGCGCGAGGUAAAGACGGGUUCUCGUCAUUGCUGAUUGAAUCCGAAGGGGGCGAGGUGGAAGAGCUUGUAAGUGAGGAAAACGGUGUGCUUAUCAGUACAAUCCUGCGACAGUAUUUCCUAAGUCUCAAAGUUCUCGGGAAAUGGAAUCGUUGGAGCGCCAGUCUCCGUCGGCAUUGGGGAACUGUACAUCGUAGUUUGCACGGUGAAGGCUGGUUGAAGCCACCCUCCGCUAACACAUCCCCCAAUUGCGAGAUGAAGACACCGGGAAAGAGGCUGAAGGGACGGCCUACACUUCAGCGGACAUCCCGGGCAGCAUACUACUAUGGUCGAUUUCCCGAGGAAGUCGAUCAGGACAAGGAGAAUCAGGACCCCAUAGAGGAUGAAUCGAAUGGCAACGCCAUGGACUCUGACUCAGAUGAAGAUCCAGACAUCCUGACAUCCUCACGGCCAAUCACCAACUACGUUACUCAGCCUGCGCAGUCCUCCGCUGAUGAGGAACAUCGUCUACAAAUCGCAAGGCGGGUUAUUCGAAAGUGGAUGCGACAUGCCGGACUCCAGUCUCACCUUUUGAACACCAUGGAUGGGGAAGGGGAGUUUACCCCAGCGUGGACAUCGGGAAUUUCCCCUCGACUAGAAGGGCGGAUCGUGCAAGAGGAAUAG